UGCUGGAAUUCCUUUGCACCCAGUCACCCAGUCACUUGUCUUCUCUCCCUUUCACUUUGUACACACCCCCAGCAGGUGCUUUCAUUUGAGGUUUAGUUUGCUGUUGUGCUUUAGGCUGUGUCUUUCAGGUUAAGAGACAUUUUGCCAAAAAAAAAAAAAACUACGAGGGGGAUAUCAGGCCUCAGCCUGGGGCUCAUCAUCGCCAUCAGGGAAAAGCAGGCUUUGGAGUGGCUGCUCUAAGCCUCACCUUUGUUCUUAGGUGGAGAACCACAUCAGCAACCAUCCAGAGAGGCUUUCACCCAUUGAUGCAUCUUUUCUGAGAUGUCGAAUCCAAUUAGUGGUUUACCAGAGAGCACUGACUUUGUGCCCUGUAUUGGGAUGACAGAGGACUCUCUCAUCCUCCUGGAACGAAACCGAUGCUCUGUAGAUCCUUGGGACACAGUGGACAUCAAACCCAACAUAGAAGUACUUGAGCGCGGCGUGCCAAGCCUCUACCUCUCCUGCUAUGACAUGCUCCUCACUGAAGAGGCUGCCUGUUUGGUGAAAGUGUCAGAUGGGUCCUCUGCACUAGCUGUCCACAUGAAUCGCAUGGAGAGCAGAGAGGAGCCAGAGCAGUGCCCUGUCAUUGACAGCCAGGAGAAUGGUCUGUCUCCUGGGCUUGAGGGGCAGAUGGAGGAUCGAUCAUUGGAGCAGGUGCAAAGCAUGGUUGUAGGAGAGGUGCUGAAGGACAUUGAAACAGCUUGCAAACUGCUCAACAUCACUCCAGACCCUACAGAGUGGAACACCGGGAAUGUCCAAAAGUGGAUGCUGUGGACUGAACACCUGUACAGGUUGCCCCAUGCAGGAAAAGCCUUCCAGGAGCUGACAGGGAAGGAUCUGUGUGCUAUGAGCGAGGAGGAAUUUCGGCAACGGUCCCCACUAUGCGGAGACACCCUUUAUGCUCACCUGGAUAUAUGGAAGUCAGCUGCGUGGAUGAAAGACAAGUGCUCUGCUGUAGAUACCAAAACUACAGGCAGCGAGGAGCUGUGGUCUGAGGCAGACUCAUCUUGUUCAGGUCAACCGAUUCAUCUGUGGCAGUUCCUCCGAGAGCUCCUGCUUAAACCUCACAACUAUGGUCGCUGCAUACGCUGGCUCAAUAAAGAAAAAGGUAUAUUUAAAAUCGAAGAUUCGGCUCAUGUGGCGAGGCUCUGGGGACUCAGAAAGAAUCGACCUGCUAUGAACUAUGACAAGCUGAGCCGCUCCAUUCGGCAGUACUACAAAAAGGGCAUCAUCCGCAAACCGGACGUGUCUCAGAGACUGGUGUACCAGUUUGUUCACCCAGUAUGAGGCUUCAGGAAGCUGGGAGGAAGAUAAGGAGGCUUGUGACAACCUUGACUCCAUCUAACAAUGCACUUGAACUAUUACACCUCAGAGGUGACUUUAUACAAAUGAACUGCAAAGAAAGCCAUCCUCUGCAGGCGCAAUGAGGAUCUAAAAAAAUAUUGUUUGUUGCUUUUUUUCCACGCUUCAGAAUCAAACUGCCUUGUUGUUUGCAUGAUCUGCCUGUCGAUGGUUCUAUGAUUAAGUUCACGUCACAGCAUCAUACCUAAACGCUUUAACAAACAAGCUUCGGGCAGUCAUCCCUCUCCUACUUCUUCACCUCUUGUUUUAGUCGCCUUCACAGUCACUUUGUUAUGUUGUCUUGCCAAAGCUGUUUGGCAACAGCAGACAGCUUUAAUCUACACAGCUGAAGAGAAGGACAAUUAAACAGAUUUGAUAAAUAUAUUCAGGUUUUAUUUGCUAAAACCUCUUUAAGGCAGAGCUUAUAAGAACACUUUUUUCUUCUUAUCAGGUGUAACAUAAUGAAGGAAUGACAUUUUCUCUAAUGGCACUGCUGAGGAGCUUCUUGUUUUAUUUUGCUAGUUACGGUUUAUAUAGAUGUGUAUAUUGCAUCUUAGGUUUCUGAUGUUUGAGAUUCAAAGUGCUUAAAGCAUUACAAUGAAGUCCCUGUCAUACAGUACAGCCAGCAUGAAACAAUAAAAAAAAAACGUGUCAAAUUCAAGGCCUGUGGGCCAAAUUCAGCUCCUCACAACAAUUUCAAGAGCCAAAAUAGGCAUAUUAUGAUAUAUACUAGAGGCAUACUUUCUUUUAAAGAGUGCAAAGUGGCUAAGAUUGUAAUAAAUAUGUGUGAAGUUAUAAUAACAGAGAAGUGUGCUCUUUGUUAAUGAAAUGAUGCAAUUAAAUGUGUCAUUUAUACAGCUGUGUGUGUCCCAUUUAAGGAUUAAAGAAAUUAGUUUGGCACCCCUGCUCUAAAUGACAUUAAUGGACAUGUUCACUGAAUACCAUGCACAGUCUUUAGUGUGCUGUAACCGUGACAUCAAUGCACCAACUUGCUAAAGUGUUCUUCCCUCUUUCCCAGCUUAUCACAAUACAGCCACUAACUUCAGUGUAUUUAACAGGAUUCUGUGUAAUAGAACAAUUAGUGCAUGCAUCUGAAGUGAGAGGAAAUAUUUUAUUGAAUUUUUUUAAAUAAAAUUCCGAAUAGUGUGCUUUAUAUUUGCAUGUAGCACUGCGGAGUCAGUCUUUUUGAAAAAACAACACCUUUAUAUGCAAGCCUUUAUUGCAUGCCUUUUAUAGCUAACAACAUAACAUUUUCUUCAACCAUUUUCCAAAAUAGUUUAGGUUCA